GAGGAAGAAGAAGCCGAGAGGAGGGGGAGAGAGGGGGGCGACCCCCCCCACCCCGCGCCAGCCAGCCUGCUCAGCGGCCGACAACGGUUUCCUGGAAGGAUGGAGAUGGGCCGGCAGGAUGGCAUGUCUGAUGGGGAGGGAGCGAAAGGCGGCAAGCUGGCAGCAAAAUUGCUCCCGUCUCCCAGCAAGAAGAAAGUCAGCAAGAAAAAGAAGAAAAAGAAAACCAUUCCAGACAAGCAUUCCAGCCAAGUCAAGAAAAAAUCCAUCUUUGCCAUAUUUCCACUGGAUCUGCUGCAGCGCUGGAAGUGCGACGGGACCCCUCAGGAGGGUCACAGCAAGCGAGGAUCAGGCAAAGCCACCAGGAAUUCGCUCUCAGCCUGCUCGUCGGCCACUUCGAUCUCGACCCCAGGAGACGCCACCCUGCCCAAUGAGAGUCUUCGCUGGGACGGCGUUCUGGACGACCCCAAAGCCGAAGAGGAAAGACUGUGCAACUAUCGACUAAGCCGUAGAAAACGCUACGGUGAAUUCUUGCAGCAAAACCCCCUGUUGGACUCGCCCUUUCCAUGCCAGCAGCUGCCCGAUCUGGACAAAGUCCCCGAGGCAGAGAAAGAGCGUUCCUUACACAAGAGUAAAUCAUCCUCUCUCAUGGCCGCCAAAAACAAACGGCGUCCAAAUUCGAAGCAGGGUAGUAAAACCCCAAAGAGGCAGCCGACGACGUUGCCGUCCAGUAAAUCUCAGGGAGUUCUGUGAAACGCUCCGAAUUUGAGCAACAAUUUUUAUGUUUUUACGGCCAAAGCACAAGAUCAGAAUUAUUAUUAAUAAUUAUUUUUUUGCCUGUGGGAGUCUCACAAUGAUCCAGAUGUAUUUUUCAGUUUUUGCAAAUUGUAUGUUGGAGAAUAAAA